CGCGUAUUAAUACGAAAUCACUUUCACUGCGAUCGUCGUGGCGCGCGCUAAAAGUAAAUCCGUUUGAAGCUAAUAUGCGGUUGCUUAUUCUGUUCUGUCUCAUUGUCCUGGCCGCAGCGGCUGAUAAGGAGGAAGGAAUCAAAGUGUAUAAAAGGCUCAUUCCAGCUGACGUGCUGCGCGAUUUCCCGGGCAUGUGCUUUGCCUCGACGCGCUGUGCCACGGUUGAGCCAGGAAAGUCAUGGGAGCUGUCUCCAUUCUGUGGACGUUCAACGUGCGUGGUUUCAGACGAUAAAGAGCCCAAGUUACUAGAAUUGGUGGAGGACUGUGGUCCAUUGCCUCUUGCUAAUGAGAAAUGCAAGCUGGACACGGAUAAAACCAACAAAACUGCUCCUUUUCCGCAAUGUUGCCCCAUCUUUACUUGCGAGGAAGGUGUAAAACUGGAAUAUCCGGACUUUAGUAAGGGCCAAGAAGCGCCUGCCAAGAAUCCCUGAGUUCUGGAUUGUCGGUCUACCCCUUUUUCCUAAUAAAUCAUCCUACAAUCAUGGAUUGUUUCAUUCUCGGACACACAACUGUAUUCAAUGUAGGAAGUUUUUCUUAGUGAGAUUUUCUGAAAUCACAGCAAAUGGCAGCGUAAAUAAAAUCAAGAAUUCUGAACGCAA